AUGGGGUAUCUGCAGCAGUCAUUCAAUCUGCCAGAGACAAACGUUCGUACUAUCAUGGGCAUGUACAAGGACAGCACAAUGGUAGUGAGAAGUUCCCGCCAGAGGCCGCAUCAUUACAGCUUCGACCCAGAGAACUCCAAGAACCAGCCCCCACUGGCCUUCAUGCCCUUCUCUGCUGGACCCAGGAACUGCAUCGGGCAGAACUUUGCCAUAACAGAGAUGAAGGUGGUGCUGGCGCUGACCCUGCUGCGCUUCGCCCUGCGGCUGGAUGAGAGCAGGCCUGUGCGGCGCAAGCCUGAGCUGAUCCUGCGCAGCGAGAAUGGGCUGUGGCUGCACCUGGAGCCGCUGGGGCCCAGCCGUGAGAGUCGGCCUCCCGCACCGCCCUCCUAGGGCCGUGCACUCCCACCCGCUGCAAGGAUCCAGCCUGCUCUGCACAGCUCAG